AGCCAGAAGCGGGGUGGGAUGCGGGUUCCCGAGGCUGCUGUUUCCGGGUGCUGUGGCGCAGGAGCCCAACACACUGAGAGUAGCAGCAUUUGAAGGGCUGCGUGCGCAUUACCGGCGCGAGUUGGGGACUCGGGCCUGCAGUGCUUCAGACCUACUGGAAGACACGCCCAGGGCUCGCUUCUAGGGGUUUCCAUGGUGAUGGUAAACAAGUCUCAACUGCCUCUACUACAACUGCCAAUCCCCGCGUUCCACCCUCUAGGUGCUCAAAGGGACCUCUGAAGUGCCGGGCGUGAAGUAGAGCAGGAGUGUGGAGACUCGGAGCCCGAGGUUAAUAACAGAAGGAGAUGCACCUGGAGAUUCCCCAGAGCUCUCUGCGAUUUUAAGCGUCGGGUGGAAUUGGGGUCCUUUGGCUGUGAACCGCGAUCGCUUGAUGUAAAUAGAAAUCGGCCCUGCUUUUCUCAGCGGACAAUUCGUACCUACCAGGAGUGUCUCCGACUGUUGGAUCUCCCUCUUGAUCUUUAAGCCACAAAAAGCAGCAGCUGAGCUUGUUUGAAGUCUGCCCUGUCAAGUAUCCAUGAUGCUGGGCCCUGAGGGAGGUGAAGGCUUUGUGGUCAAGCUCCGUGGCCUGCCCUGGUCCUGCUCUGUUGAGGAUGUGCAGAAUUUCCUCUCCGGCUGCCUAAUUCAUGAUGGGGUCUCAGGCAUUCAUUUCAUCUACACUAGAGAAGGCAGGCAGAGUGGUGAGGCUUUUGUUGAACUUGAAUCAGAAGAUGAUGUGAAAAUGGCCCUUAAAAAAGACAGGGAAAGCAUGGGACACCGAUACAUUGAGGUGUUCAAGUCCCACAGAACCGAGAUGGAUUGGGUGUUGAAGCACAGUGGUCCAAACAGUGCUGACACCGCCAAUGAUGGCUUCGUGCGGCUUCGAGGACUCCCAUUUGGAUGCACCAAGGAGGAAAUUGUUCAGUUCUUCUCAGGGUUGGAAAUUGUUCCAAAUGGGAUCACAUUGCCUGUGGACCCUGAGGGCAAGAUUACAGGGGAAGCCUUUGUGCAGUUUGCUUCGCAGGAGUUAGCUGAGAAGGCUCUAGGGAAGCACAAGGAGAGAAUAGGGCAUAGGUAUAUUGAAGUGUUCAAGAGCAGUCAGGAAGAAGUUAGGUCAUACUCAGAUCCCCCUCUGAAGUUUAUGUCCGUACAGCGGCCAGGGCCCUAUGACCGCCCAGGCACAGCCAGGAGGUAUAUUGGCAUUGUCAAGCAGGCAGGCUUGGAGAGGAUGAGGUCUGGUGCUUAUAGUGCAGGAUAUGGGGGCUAUGAGGAAUACAGUGGUCUUAGCGAUGGCUACGGCUUUACCGCUGACUUAUUUGGAAGAGACCUUAGUUACUGUCUCUCUGGGAUGUAUGACCACAGAUACGGGGAUGGAGAGUUCACUGUCCAGAGUACUACUGGACACUGUGUCCACAUGAGGGGGCUGCCAUACAAAGCCACAGAAAAUGACAUUUACAACUUCUUCUCUCCUCUCAACCCUGUAAGAGUCCAUAUUGAGAUUGGCCCUGAUGGAAGAGUGACGGGCGAAGCUGAUGUUGAGUUUGCCACUCAUGAAGAAGCUGUGGCAGCUAUGUCCAAAGACAGGGCCAACAUGCAACAUAGAUACAUAGAACUUUUCUUGAAUUCCACAACAGGAGCUAGCAAUGGGGCAUACAGCAGCCAGAUGAUGCAAGGAAUGGGGGUGUCCACCCAGUCUACUUACAGUGGCCUCGAGAGCCAGUCUGUGAGUGGCUGUUACGGGGCUAGCUACAGUGGCCAGAAUAGCAUGGCUGGGUAUGACUAAUUUUGUAGAGCAUUUGAGUUUUAAAUUUUCAUAGGCAGCCAAGCAGUGAAAAGCAGUUAUUACUCUAGAAAAAGCUGUGGGAUCCAUUUUGCACCAUGAGUUUGUGAAAUUCUGGAUUAAAAAGUUACCUCUUCAGUGUUUUCUCAUGCAAAUUUACUUCUGGUCUGUGAUACUGAGUAAACUAAAACUAUUUCAGCUUUUUUCAAUAUUUUGAUAGUGUACUUCAGGUUGAUGUUAUCUGAGUUCAAGUAGUUUUAAGUACAUCAAAUGUGGAUCUUCACACCACAUCACAAUGAACACAUUGAGGAGAUGUGAUUUUUGGGAAACUCAAGGUGCUAGAUCCCUAAUUCAAAGAGGAGUAUUUCUCACGUUUGUUCAUUCUAGUUUAUUUUCAUUUAAAAUCUUUUAGGUUAAGUUUAAGCUUUUUAAAAGUUAGUUUUGAAAAUUGAGACACAUUACUAAUACUGUAGGAAUUGGGGAGGCCUUGACUUAAAUCUUUCUUUACUGUGAUUUCCUUUUGGGUGUAUUUUGCUAAGUGAAAUUUGUUAAGUUUUUGUUAACUUUUUUCUUAAAAUAAAGACUUUUUCACAAUGAUUGGCAUAGACUGACUACUCACCAUGAAGUAUCAAAACAACUGGGUAAUUGAAGAGAAUUCAUUUGAAUGCUGUAUUUCUUUGAAUUUUAAAAUAAUUUAGCACAUUAAAUCUGAUUUUAUAUUUUUACAAGGAGGCUAAAAUAAAAAUCAGCUUUUAAAAGUAUUAAGUAUGUAUGGGUGGUAGAAAUGAUGACUAGGAAAAAAAAUCCCCAAAAAGUAGAAAAAUAGAAGCACACAGCCCCAGUCUCUUGUGACUUUUGUGUUCUCUUAAGCCCUUCUGGUCCCUCACUUCAUGUUGGAGUCACAUCCAUUUUUCAUAGAGAUUGUUUUGAAUGCCACGUGUGUUACAAGUCAUCAUAUUUCAGGGGGUUUUUUUGUUUUUGUUUUUUUUUAAUGUAAAACAUGCUGGUUAAACAUUGCUUUUUUAUAUUUCUACUGGCUAUUACUUAGAGGGUACACUCCUCCGUUAGCAGUUACAGGUUAUUGUAGGAUAUACAUAUUAAGCUUUUAGACCUAUCUUUAGAAUUGUUAAAUUGUCAUUUGCCCAGCAGUGUAAAUCAGCAUCCAAAUCCCAGGCAGCUCUGAACAUGGCAUAUUAGCAUCACUUUUUAUGAAAUGCACUAAAUAAAACCAAGAUUCUAAAAUGUGAAUGGAGUUUAUUUUUAAAAGAA